AUGGCAAACAAGCGCAAGAAUGACUCUCAACUUGAAACGCAUCGCAAGAGGAGACGACUCUCGGCACCGAGACCUUUCCCGAUAGUCCCAGCGUCUGUCUCUGCUACAGGCCCACGCUCAGCGCACAAAGAGGGCAAGAAUCUCAUCUGUAUAACACGCAAGACGUCGCUGGGAGCGUAUAUGCGGCGGUGUAAGGACCUCGCUGUGAAAGAUGGAUACAAAACUCUCCAUCUGAGCGCAAUGGGCGCAGCGAUCCCCCACCUCCUCAAGCUAGCUCUAGCUCUGCCCCCGAUUCUACCGUUCGAGGUUCGGGCGGAGUAUACGACGGGGACGGUGGAAGUGCGUGACGAGGUAGACGAUGGGGAGGAGGAUGGAGAUAUCACGUAUGAAACGAGGGGAAAGUCGACGUUGAAGGUGGUGAUGACGUUCGAUACCAAAUCAACAAACACAAAGGAUGAUACUGUGGUGGUUGCGGAACCGGAACAGGAGGGAGAGGAAGAUGUUAUGGAGGCUGUAUGA